AUGGCAUCGCAGACGAGUCCCAAGUUCCAAGGAUGGCUAGGAAAGAGCCCAGAAGCGGUAAAUGGAAAGAUGGAAUGGGGCGAAUACGAGCCUAAGAAAUGGUCCGAAGACGAUGUAGACAUAGAAAUCUCCCACUGCGGUAUCUGUGGUUCCGAUAUCCACGUUAUGAAAUCGGGCUGGCUUCCAACGCCAUACCCCUGUGUUGUAGGACACGAGAUUGUUGGAAAGGCUGUUCGUGUGGGCAAGAAUGUCAAGCAUGUUCAAGUCGGUGACCGUGUCGGAGUGGGUGCUCAAGCACGAACAUGCCAACAGAGCACUUGCCCGGACUGCAGCAAUGGCCUUGAGUCCUACUGCCAUAACGAACUGACGAACACAUACGGAUCGAUCUACCCCAACGGAGAAGGAAAGAGUUAUGGUGGCUACGCCGACUAUAAUCGUACAAACGGCCACUUCGUCUUCCGCAUUCCGGAUGGACUGGAUUCAGCUAGUGCUGCGCCUAUGAUGUGUGCUGGCAUUACAGUCUAUUCUCCUCUGAAAGAAAAUGGAUGUGGACCGGGAAAGACUGUGGGUGUUGUCGGCGUUGGUGGACUGGGACACUUCGCCAUCCUGUUUGCCAAAGCAUUGGGCGCCGAUAGGGUUGUCGGCAUCUCGAGAAAGGCCGACAAGAGAGAGGACGCGCUGAAGCUUGGCGCCGAUGAAUAUGUUGCCACGGACGAAGACAAGGAUUGGGUUGCCAAGCACUCUCGAUCCCUGGACAUCAUCAUCUGCACCGUAUCCAGCGAGAAGAUGCCGUUGAAUGGCUACAUGUCCCUACUAAGGACAAAGGGAACCUUAGUCCAAGUCGGUGCUCCCGAUGGAGGAAUCCUACCUCCCGUUAGUGCUUUCGCCCUGAUUCCAAGUGGCACUAGAAUCGCGGGUAGCCACACUGGCGCCCCUUGGGAAAUCAGAGAAAUGUUGCAACUUGCAGCAGAUAAAAAUAUUAAGGCUUGGGUUGUGGAACGACCUCUGAAGGAAGCCAACCAGGCUAUCGUCGACUUCGAAGAUGGGAAGGCGCGUUAUAGAUACGUGCUUGUAAACGAGAAUUAUGGAAAGCACUAGGAAAUUCCGAGAUACGAU